AUGCACAACGUGGUUUUCGUUCUCGGUCCUCCAGGAUCUGGAAAGGGUACUAUUUGCGCGAAAAUCCAGGAGAAUCUGGGUUACGUUCACCUGUCCGCUGGAGACCUUCUCCGAGCUGAACGCCAACGGGAAGGAAGCGAGUUCGGCGCUCUCAUCGAACAGCACAUCAGAAAUGGAUCGAUUGUGCCGGUUGAAAUCACUUGUGCACUUCUUGAAAACGCUAUGAAUAACAGUGGAGAUGCCAAGGGAUUUUUGGUUGAUGGAUUCCCAAGAAACGAGGAUAACCUACAAGGAUGGAAUAAGCAAAUGACCGGAAAAGCGCUGAUUCAAUUUGUCUUGUUUCUCUCGUGCCCAGUUCCAAUCUGCAUUCAGAGGUGCCUGAAUCGUGGCCAGGGUCGUACCGACGACAAUGAAGAAUCGCUCAAAAAGCGUGUCGAAACAUACAACCAUCAGACGUUCCCAAUCAUUGAGCAUUUUGAAAAGAAUGGCUUAGUCAGAGAGGUAAAAAGCGAGCGUUCAGUGGAAGAGAUUUAUGCCGACGUCGUUGAAGUGUUCAAUCAGACUGCAAAGGUUUAA